CACUUUCCCUUGCCUAGAGCAAUGGCAUUAACACUGCUCUUACUUCUAGUGAGUUCCAUUUCAGUGUUUGCUGAAGAGAUUGAAACUCUUCCACCCCCAUCACCACACCCUCACUCUCCCACACAACCCCCACUUCAUCCCCCAGUCAAGUCCCCUGCUUACCCACCGGUUAACCCUCCUCAUCCACAUCACCACCACCACCAACACCACCAUCACCCACCAGCCCCUGCCCCUGCCCCUGUUCACCAUUACCCUCAUACCCCUGCCCCUGCCCCUGUUCAUCAUUACCCCCAUACCCCUGCCCCUGCUAUCCCCCCAACACACCCCCAUUACCCUCCUGCCCCAGUUCCUGCUAAACCUCCCACACAUCACCACCAUUACCCUCCAGUUCCUGCCAAGCCUCCUGCUCAUCAUCACCAUUACCCUCCAGCUCCUGCUAAGCCACCAACCCAUCAACAUUAUCCUCCAGUUCCUGCUAAGCCACCAACUUCUCCUGUUCACCCUCCACUUCACCCACCUGUUCCGGUGCAUCCCUUCCCAAGAAGCUUUGUGGCUGUUCAAGGUGUUGUUUACGUCAAGGCCUGCAAGUAUGCUGGGGAAGAUACCCUCUUGGGAGCUACCCCCUUGCUCGGUGCCGUUGUGAAGCUUGAAUGCAAUAACACCAGGUACAAGUUGGUUCAAACAGCCAAGACUGACAAGAACGGUUACUUCUUCAUUGAAGCAGAAAAGCGCAUCACCACCUAUGGAGCUCACAAAUGCGAAGUCGUUUUGUUCAGUGCACCCAAUGAACUAAAAGCCUCUAAUCUUCACGGUGGUGUCACUGGUUCUGCUCUCAGGCCAGAGAAGCCAUUCAUGCAUGAGAAGCUUCCUUUCCUCCUCUACACUGUUGGGCCUCUUGCAUUUGAGCCCAAAUGCCACUAA